GUGGAGUCCCCCCGGCUCCGGAGCAGCCCCUUGCCUGGCCUGCUCCCGCGGGAGCCGGGCUGGGACGUCCCCCGCGUUCUAGGUCCAAUGAUUAGUUCUGUAACAAGACAGCAUGACACUUUGAGUAUGACAGAAGCCCUGAUGCUGCAGCAGAGGCUGGGAAUAUUAAUGGCCAAAUCUAGAGAUCAGAUGGUCUUCUAAAGAAGUCAUGGGUAGCUGUUGUAGCUGUCCAGAUAAAGAAACUGUCCCAGAUAACCACCGAAACAAAUUUAAGGUUAUUAAUGUGGAUGAUGAUGGUAAUGAACUGGGUUCUGGCAUAAUGGAACUUACAGAUACAGAACUAGUUUUGUACACCCGUAAAAGGGACUCUGUAAAAUGGCACUACCUCUGUCUCCGUCGCUAUGGCUAUGACUCAAAUCUUUUCUCUUUUGAAAGUGGUCGAAGGUGUCAAACUGGACAAGGAAUCUUUGCCUUUAAGUGCGCCCGGGCAGAAGAGCUGUUUAACAUGUUACAAGAGAUAAUGCAGAAUAAUAGCAUAAAUGUGGUAGAAGAACCAGUAGUAGAAAGGAAUAAUCAUCAAACUGAGUUGGAAGUACCAAGAACCCCUCGAACACCUACCACUCCUGGAUUCAAUGCACAAAGUUUACCCAACGGCUACCCCAGAUACCCAUCUUUUGGAGAUGCUUCAUCACACCCUUCCAGCAGACAUCCUUCUGUUGGCAGUGCACGCCUCCCCUCUGUCGGUGAAGAAUCAACACAUCCUUUACUUGUAGCAGAGGAGCAAGUGCAUACUUACGUAAACACUACUGGAGUACAAGAGGAAAGAAAAAAUCGAUCAAGUGUGCAUGUGCCACUGGAAUCAAAGCUUUCAAACACUGAAACAACUAAAGUGAAAGAAGACCAGAUGUGUACUGAUGACAGAGAUGCUCAGGUUCUCCUGGAGCCUGAAGGAGUGAAGUUUGUUUUAGGACCAACACCUGUUCAAAGGCAGUUAAUGGAAAGAGAGAAACUGGAACAACUUGGGAGAGAUCAAGUUAGCGGCAGCAGUACAAACAACACUGAAUGGGACACUGGGUAUGACAGUGAUGAACGUAGAGAGACACCAUCUGGUAAUAAAUUGGUGUAUGAAAAUAUAAAUAGGUUAUCAAUCCCUAGUGCCUCAGGGGUCAGGAGAGGUCGCUUGACAUCAACCAGUACCUCAGACACCCAGAACAUUAACAACUCUGCUCAGAGGAGAACUGCGCUGCUGAACUACGAGAACUUGCCAUCCUUGCCUCCUGUUUGGGAAGCCCGGAAGCUGAGCAGAGAUGAAGAUGACAGUUUAGGACCAAAGACCCCGUCUCUGAAUGGCUACCACAAUAACCUAGAUCUAAUGCAUAACUAUGUCAAUACAGAGAAUGUAACAGUACCAGCAAGUGCUCAUAAAGUAGAAUUACGACGUCGGGACUGUACCCCAACGGUCUUUAACUUUGACAUUAGGCGUCCAAGUUUGGAACACAGGCAGCUCAACUAUAUACAGGUUGACUUGGAAGGUGGCAGUGACUCUGACAACCCUCAGACUCCAAAAACCCCCACCACUCCACUUCCGCAAACUCCAACCAGGCGCACAGAGCUGUAUGCUGUGAUAGACAUUGAAAGAACUGCUGCUAUGUCAAGCUUGCAAAAAGCACUGCCCCGAGAUGAUGGUACUUCUAGGAAAACUAGACAUAACAGUACUGACCUGCCUAUGUGAGCCUGGGGAGCAUUGAAUCAUUUGCACCUUUUGUGAAGUUUAUAAAAUUGAAGAUGCAAGUACUUUGCAUUUCUUAACACUAACGCCUUUUAUAGACUAAUAGAACUUUUUCUGCAUACUUCAUGUACUUGUCUUACUAAAGGGAAUUAAUGUAGAGCAAGUAUUCAUUUUAGGUAACACUAUUUCAUUCUACAGUAGAAGUAAUUACUGCAUAGCAGCAUCGCCACCUUUCACAGUGCCUCUUUAAUUGAUUAGAGUCUGAGUGACAUGCCAGUUUUGAAUUUAUAAAUAUUCUGGUCUGGUGCCUAUACUCAUUAAUGGCAUUUAUAAUACUUUUUAAAGCCUCUUGAUAUGUGCAUUAUUAGCAGGUAAAUCUAAUCUUUCAAUAUACAUAUCUGAUGUUCAUUCCUCGUUGAAGUGGUUCCUCCAGAAUGAAUUGUGUGUAAUGUGUUAAUUCACUCAGUUUGACAUGCACAAGAUAUAUUGGUUCAUCUCCAGGAAUAUAAACACCACACCUUUUUUGUCUGUGGGCAAGAAGGCCUCUAAUUCCUGACAGUUUUCUUAACUUGUGUGGUAUUUGAGAGGUCCCACUAAUGGUUGUUGAUCGGAGCUAUAAACACAUCAAAAACCAACCUUAAGCUCCUUCUGUUGGAAUAGAAUUCCAAGUGACAUAUCAAAUUCCCUCUGAAAUCUGACAGAAUUUUUAUCUCGUUAAGAGUUUUGGGGUUUUUUGUGAAGGAAUUCACAGGUGGGCUGUAUGAAUUAAGGCUCUCUUGUCAUUUCUUAGUUCAGUGUGCUUUUUCUUUGUGUUUUGUGUUUCCUUUUUAUUUGUUUCAUAAUGUCUUGUUCUAAAAGUCAAAAUUUUGUACAUAGCUUUAAUUGUUUAGGAUCAUCUAUGUAUUUGUCUUACUCUCUGCAUUUGACAAAGCAAGACUCUUGAAGGUCAAAUGGUUGUCUUCGUCCAGUGUUUUACUUUUUUAUGCCUGACAGAAAUAUCCCAGCUCUCCAGCAGCUUGCAUUAUUGCACAACUGGAAAGGUUUAUUAUGCAGUUAUUGUCUUCCUCUAAAGCGUCAAACACAGGUUACAUGGGAGGCAGGGUACUGGACUUGAUAGUUCUUUAUAGGAAGUUGUACGUUCUAGCAAUGUGCAUCCAUAGGUGAUAGUGUACUUUAAUUUAAAAAGAUAUGUAGUAAAUUAUCUGAAGGUAGUAUUAUCUAUGAGCAUACUUGUUUUCCUUUUGCAGUUGGUGAAUUUGCUUACAAUGAUGGCUGCUCAGUGUUCCAGGUACAUCCAGGUAGAAUGUUCUUGGUUGAAUAUGCCAGAGGUGCCCUUAGACUUUUUUUUUUUCUGUAUUGUUUAUUAAUACUCUGAAUAAUCUUAGAAUUCUGGCAGUAUUGCAGGUGCACCUUGGUACUAGCAGCAGAAGAGAUUGCUCUUGAGCCUGUGAUUGCAAAGGAACUGACACUUGUGUGAACUGGUAUGAUGGAAAAUAACCCUUGAACUGUGAGGAAAAACAUGCAAGAAAAGCCAUUUGGAGAUCUGAAAAAGCAUUAAGGGCCUCCAUGCAAUAUUUGAAUUGAAGUUUUAUAAAAAACCAAACUACAAUUAUUUUCUGUCUUUUAAAUUGGUGUGUAUUUCUGUUCCUACAACUUUUUUCUUUGGUCUUCUCACACUUAGUAGUGGCAGCAGUAGUAGCAGCACCUGAAAUAUAUGUCUCUUGCCAUACCAUUGGGUGGCAUCAGGCCACCUUUUCACUCCGGCUUUCAUUAUUCUUUAUAGACUGUAUGGUACUGUAUGAAAUACCAGAUGGACAAAGAACAUAAUUUGCUGAAGUAAAAGAUGGGAGUCAUUGAGACCAUUGUGAGGAACUUAAAAGAGAUUUUUUAUAAAAAAAACUUUAUUAUUUCAUGGUCAGCUUCUACAUACUCUUGUGAUAGACUUGCUGACUUGUGAGGAGACCUUGGUACUCAAGAAGGUAAAGGCUACCUAGAGCUAGGCAUUUUAAAGGCUGUAGCCAGGUGGGUGUUGGUCUCUUCUCCCAGUCAGCCAGCAACAGGACAAGAGGACAUAAGCUUAAGCUGUGCCAGGUAGAUGUUAGCAAGAAAUUCUUUACAGAAAGGCUGAUUAGACUGUGCUGCCCAGGGAGGUGGUGGAGUCACUGUCCCUGGAGGUGUUCAAGGAAAGACUGGACAUGGCAGUUGGUGCCAUGGUCUUGUUGACAAGGUGGUGUUCAGUCAUAGGUUGUCUUCAGUGAUCUCAGAGGUCUUUUCCAAGCCUACUGAUUCUGUGAUUCUGUAACUGCUCCCUCACAUCUUCGCCAUUGCCUCACCAAAUGGACCUUCUCGUCUGUACUGAAGAGAAAUUACCAUGUAUUGCAAAAUACUUACUGGGUUAAUAAUACUGGUGAUUCUUGUUCUUAGCAUAUAGCUCACUUAAAUUUGUGAGUUGCAUGUGUUUUGAGGCAAACCUGUUUGAUCUAGCUAGCUGCUUAGCAAUAUAUGGUCCUCAUCUGUAUAGUUUGGACUAAUUAAAUGGACCCUUAAAACACACCUGUGAGGCAGGGAAGUAAUAAUAUUCUUAACUACUAAAUAGGGAAGCAGAGGCUUUGGGUAGAUCAUAAGUGACCUGCUGAAAUUUCAACAACCAGCCAUAUCCCUCCUUAGUUCCAGUGCACUGUCCUAUGCAUAUAUUCUGAAUAGUCUCAGAUAAAAAGAAUGGUCUGAGCAAAUUUUUUACAUUGUUGUAAGUUUCACAAUGUUUUCUUAGCUCUGGUCCCCAGAAUUGAGAACAUACUGAAAUUUCAACUGUCUCUAGCCUUAAUUAUAUUAAGAAGUCUGAUGACAUAUUUUCCAGGACUACUUUUUUAACCUGUUACGUUUCCCAGGUGGGAUAAUGCUUUCUUGUUUUGUGUACGCUGCAAACAUACUGGGUAGUCCCUGUCACCCACACUACUCAUCUUCAACAUUCCUUAUUUUCUGCCCCUUGAAGUAGAUGCAGUUGCAAUGCACUUUACCCUUUGAGACUUGGUAAAUAUUUUUUCAAUUCAGUCUCUUUUAAAGGCUGUGAUGAUAGAUUUAGUGUCUGUAAUCUAGGAUUCAGUUUUCAGCUGAAAUCUCUCCAUGGUAUUUAGAUCAUAUUUAUUUUGGGCCCACAGGUGUAUAGACUGAGAAACUAGAAAUAUGUAACCAUUUCCUUUAGUAAAUGUGGCAUGUUAAGUUUACAUAAACUAGGUCCUAUAAAAAUGGUAGCAUCUCCAUCAAUUCCACUAUUCAUCCAUAAUGUGCAGUCGGUUGCUGCCCUUCAAACACAUUUGACAAGGGGAAACCUUUAACUGUAGGUGUUCCUUUAGUGCAAUGAUUUGGGAAAGACAUACAUUACUGUAUUUUUUAAACAAGGAAACAGAGUUGUUAACACAAAAAAGUGACCAAAAGUACAUAAUAAAGAUUGUGCUAGAAAUAGAGGGAAUGAGAAUUUAUUCCAUUAUUAUAUCAGGAAAAUAAUCUUUUCCUCAAAAUGAUGUCAGAAGGAGGACCAAUUGUUUUAAUUCUUGUGGUGUUUUUUGCUGAAUUCCUAAAACAAUAUUGAAAAAGACCAUUCUGAAAACCAUGACAUUCAUUAGAACAUCCUUUGUUUCCCCCAAUAAGUAUGUUUUGCAUUUAACAGGGGUUCAAUCUGAUGGUGUGCAUUGAAGCACUAUUCCUAUUAAAGUCAGAGCUUUUAUAGCAAAUGAUCUUUAGGAAUUACUUCCUCUUUUGGACAAGAUGAGUGAAUCAUAAGAAAAAAGAGCAGCUUAGCAUCUGCAACUCUGACCAUGUAUACAUUAUUUCUUGUGCUGUGCUGUAAGGUAUGUGAGUAAGUCUGUCAGAGGUCUUAUGAGGAUAUUUUCCUAACACGGUGUUUACUCCAGAUUAACGCAGUAUUUUGUUUGGAAGUAUGUAGGUGUACAGGUAGAAAUAGAAUAUGAGAAAUAAGGUUGAUGAAACAAUUGUUGGACAUUUCUAUAUUUUUAUACAUUAUGAAGGGCAUUUUUUAAAUUUUUCUUGCAGUUUUAGUAAUUAUUUAGUGUGAUAAUAUACAUAUAUUGUGACAAUGUUUUCCGCUAUAUCCAUUACUUUGGUGUAAUUCUAUUUUAUGUAGCAAUUAUGUGUAUAUAGAAAGGAGAUUAUGUAAAAGCUAUGAUUAAAAAAUAGGCUCAAACCCUUCAGAACAGGAACCGUCUUCCUCUGUGUCUACAAAGUACUAAAUGCCUUGGGGUUCCAGCCAGAGCUCCCAUCUGAGACCUGUAGUGACCGAAUUACCAAGUGAGGAGUGUGGGGGAAGCAGCUCCCUACUUUCCAUGAGAAGCCUUAGUAUGAAAGGUGCCGUGAAGCUCACCCUGCCGAUCCCCGGUGCUGGGGCUGUGCAGUGUAUGGCUGUUCCCAGCACCACCUGCCAAGCGACCCAGAGAGCUUAGAGUAUCCUUUGCUCUGGUCCUUCCCCUUGGCAGUAGGAAAGGAAGUCUGACAAGGAGCUUUGGUGUCCUUGGAAAUCUUCCUUGUUAGCGGGGUGACCCUUCCAAAGCUUGUUCGGUCUGCAUGCAGUGUCCUUUGAAGACGAAGAAAUGAUUCCUGUUGGUUUCAAGGGCCACUGGAUGUGCUCCUGAAAGAUCAAGUACUGCUGGCGUAACAGCUCUGUUACACCUGAGGACCUGCUUGGUCAAGUUCUUCAGGAAUGUCUAAAAAGAUGUAAAAAUAUAUUUAAUUACGUGUACUGAAAACCAAAUCCUAUUUGUUGUGGUCAGAGUUCAGAUAAUUAUGGGAGUUUUGAUUUCUUAGUCAUAGUUGCAUAUAUAUUGCUUUAACUGUUGUGUAUGAAAGAGGAAGUGAUUCUAAAAUGUGUGAAAGGUCAGGAUUACACCUGUUUUUUAAUGGUAAUGUUAUUUAGGAAUGGAUGUCAGCAAAUUUAACUCCAUAAUAAUGCAGUUUUUUUUGCAUUGGAAUAUGUGUGUAUCUCAUACACCCACAUUUUAUAUAUAAUAUAUUAUAUAUUUGGUACUAACUUUGUAUUUUGAAAAUUUGCCAAAUCGCAAACACAGAUGUUCUCACUUGUAAGACUUUGGUACUUAAUAACUGAAUGUAUAAGAAAUGCUCUGGUAUGAGAGGAAAGAGUGUUGUAUGGUGUCCCACAGUCCAGAUGGCUCGACCAGCAGGCAUGUUGCCUUUUUCAUGUCUCGCUUCAUUGCAAAAUCACCUUUGGUCUCCUGGAAAGCAGUCUGUGUCCAGCCAAACCGCAGGCCAGCUGCACACCGCACUAGUGUCAAAGCUGACUGGCAGUAGUGAUACAGUAGUCACCAGUGUGCCACAAAUGCAUUUAUUAAAUGCAGAAAUAGACAUUUCUACAAAGGCCAAAAUCUUAUGUUGUAUGUUCCUUUCUUGUCAUUACAUUGUAUCAUAUUGUAAGAUUAUUGUAUGUCCUAAUUUGCAUUAUAAAAUGUUUUUUCCUACUUAAAGGCAUAAAUAUAGCAACUUUGUAUAAAGGUAGCUUUCUAGAUUUUUAUUUCUUUUAUAUAAAAAAGUCUAAACAGUGGGAGUACCAUUGCCAAAUUGUUUAUAAAAUUUCAAGUAAUUUUCCCUCUUCAGUGAAUUUGUUUUUACAAACAUUCCGUAUUUCUUAUACUAUGCAGAAAGAGUGUAUUUUUAUGCCAUUCCACAUUAAUCUUAAAAAAAAUAAUUUCACUUCUUUUAAGCUGUUGUUAUAGAGAAAGCUUACCAAAUGCACAUUUAAAAAAAAUGUGUUAUGUACAUUUUUCCCCUUACCAGUGCCAACUUCAUUUGGAAAAAAAAAAUUGUAGCAUGGCAAUAAACUAUUGAUUUUACAUUAAAAAUUGUCUGUGGAUUACUUCAGUAGUUUGCAGUGUUAGUGUCACUGUAUUGUGUUUUAUUUGUAUAAUCUUUUU